AACGGCACUUUCAAAGCUCACCAACAGUUCAACUUCUAACCAACCCAGUAAAAACCAAAGCUCAUAGUUUUCAUCGAAACCCACAUUUCUUCGUCCAUAUUAACGUACGUCCCCCUCAUAUAUUUCCACUAAAAAGCCUGUUCAAUACAGCUCUAUCUCUCUUAAAGCCUUUCAAGAAAAGAAUCCUUCGACUUGAAAUCAAUGGCUGGAACUACAAUUCCUCGCGCACAAAUUGCAACACCAAAGCCUUGCAUUUCUGCAGCUCGUAGAAUUCCCAGUUCAAGCAUUUUAUGCUUUGGUAAUGAUAUCAAAGGCAUCUCUUGUGCAAAGCUUCAAAGCUCAUCUUUCAUCUCAUCGACAAAGUCUUUUUCCAAAAGCUUCGACCUCAACCUUCUAAAGUGUGAAAGGAAUGUUAUUAAAGCAAUGUCUGGAGCAAGUGAUAACCAGCCUUUGCCUGGAUUGCCCGUCGAUCUGAGAGGUAAGAGGGCAUUUAUUGCUGGUAUAGCGGAUGAUAAUGGAUAUGGAUGGGCAAUAGCAAAAUCUCUUGCAGCUGCUGGUGCUGAGAUUCUUGUUGGUACAUGGGUUCCUGCACUCAAUAUUUUUGAGAACAGUCUACGACGUGGGAAGUUUGAUGAGUCACGUGUGUUGCCUGAUGGUUCUUUAAUGGAAAUCACAAAAGUCUACCCAUUGGAUGCAGUUUAUGACAGUCCCGAGGAUGUUCCUGAAGAUGUGAAAACAAAUAAACGAUACAUGGGAUCUUCAAAUUGGACGGUUAAGGAAGUUGCUGAAUUGGUGAAACAGGAUUUUGGUACCAUUGAUAUCCUUGUGCAUUCACUUGCCAAUGGUCCAGAGGUUAUCAAGCCUCUUUUGGAGACAUCUAGAUACGGUUAUCUUGCAGCCAUCUCUGCAUCAAGUUACUCCUUUGUUUCUUUACUCAAACAUUUUGUUCCCAUCAUGAAUCCAGGCGGUUCUACAAUUUCUCUAACAUAUAUUGCAUCUGAGAGGAUUAUACCCGGAUAUGGAGGCGGCAUGAGUUCUGCAAAGGCUGCUCUAGAGAGUGACACACAGGUUCUGGCUUUUGAAGCUGGAAGAAAACACAAAAUCAGAGUCAACACCAUAUCUGCAGGUCCAUUAAGAAGCCGUGCUGCAAAAGCUAUUGGCUUCAUUGACAUGAUGAUCGACUAUUCAUUGGAGAAUGCUCCAUUGCAGAAGGAACUGACUGCUGAGGAGGUUGGGAAUGCUGCUGCUUUUCUGGCAUCUCCACUGGCUUCAGCCAUCACUGGUGCUGUGGUUUAUGUUGACAAUGGCCUUAAUGCAAUGGGAGUGGGAGUUGAUAGCCCAGUAUUUCGAGAUCUUGACAUUCCAAAAGCAGACAGAAGUUAAGAAUUUAUGUUCAUCUUGAAAUAAAUGUUGGGCUGUUUAUUUCUUGUUGCAAUAUUCUCGGAGAACUAGUACUUUUGAGCGUCGCAAUAUUUUUAGCACAAUAUGCUUAUUUUUAAAGGAAACCAAUGUGAUGGUGAGCCAGCCUCAUCCCUUAGGCCCUUCUUCCCAUAAUCGACUGCUGCUCUUGAAAGAGAGAGAAACUUAUUUUACUUUAGAUUUUGUUUAACAUUUCUUGAUUUGAAAGAAUUACUUUUGAAAUA